GCUCUUUGUUCUUGUUUGAAAAUACAAAGUCAUGUCCUCCUCUUCCAGCCGGCCACCCGGCCAAGCCCGUCCCUCGCUGGACUCUGAUGUCGUGGUCUCACCGAAUCGACAGGUGAUGCCUGAUGAGCUUCCUAAUACUGGAGGAAAGCCAAAGGAGGACAUCAAUCCAUCUAGCGUUAGUGCGGAGACACCUGUUGGUGAAGAACCUCCAACGACAUCUACUACUACAGUUCGCCCCGAUGGCGUCCUAACCGGCAGCUCCAAAUCUUCUUCUUCCACAUCAGGAACUGCGGCAACUAGGAGACCCAGUGCCAGUCCAGCAAGUGCCGGCUCGAACAGUGUGCGCAGCAGACUCCUCAACCUGAUCGGGGAUAUCAAACUCAAACUUUCCCAGUUAGAAGACUUCAGCGGAGAGCAAUUACCCCUGACGCAGUUCGUCAUCUGUGGCGGCCAAUCAGCGGGGAAGAGUAGACUAGUGGAGACUUUAGCUGGUGCGACGUUCAAUUUCGUGUCUGGGACUCUAGGUUCGCGGAGGCCAACGGUUGUAGAGUUUCGAUCAGACAAAACCCUCACAGAACCGAGAUGGUACUUGUUGAAGCAGAGCAAGAAUCCCUUUGAGCCCGAACCAAGGACCACAGUUAUGUGAACAUGAUCACAUUCUUGUUCUCUAUUCUUGGUAGCACGACUAGAAGUAGAAAAGAAAAAGCUCCUACAGGCAUCAUAUCGCAGCACAGAACUCCCUCAUUCUUUAUUCUUCCACCAUCAAUCAUCUGCUCCUGGUCAUCAUCUUAUAAAUUCUAUUUUAGUAGAACGACUACGGCUAGACCUCCACUAGUGAAAAAUUUGCUUCUGGUCGUCUCUAAUCCCUCAACAUCCGCAGCCCAACGUCCUAGCACUUCCAGCGACUCCGGUUCCCCCACUGCCAACUCACGUUCCGCAGAUUGGCAAAGACUACCCCUAGCAGAAUUGCAAGCUAGGGUUUCACGUGCUCAUGAAGAGCUAGGCAAUAGCGUGUCUGCAGAUCCCAUAUACGUGCGGUUGGAGAGCAGUCACUGCGUCGAUAUGCAGGUUGUCGAUUUACCGGGAUUCAGAGAUUUCUCGGAUAAUCCGGAUAAACAAGUGUACUGCUACUACUUCUGCCAUGACGGUCUUAGUACGGAUCAAUUAUCCGCUUACGAUUCUCUCCGUCGACGACAUAUUGACUCAAUCAAAACAUAGGACGCGAUCGAGAGUAAAAAAUGUCUCUUGUUAAGUGUAGGAAGUUAAAUUGAAGGCUGAUUAAUACACUGUCGUCUAGAAAUGCAUCAUUAAUCUUCAUUGUUUUUGUCUUUCUCUCUAGACUUUCUGAGUAAUCUUUCUCGUAGUUGAAUGAAAUCUCCAAACAAAACUGAAAACAGCCUCGCAGACAAAAUUGACACUUUAGUCACUGGCUUCAUGCGGAAUCCGCGCAACAUUAUGCUCUGCGUUGAGCCCAGUGGAGACGCAGCUAAUCUCAAAACACUCGGUCGUUGCAAAAAGCUCGAUCCCAACUUCGAACGCACUAUCCUCAUUCGUACCAAGCUGGACAAGUACUACACCGACUUAUCACCCAUGAACAUCAAUUCGUGGUUCGAAGGGUUUGGAGAUUUGCCAAAAGUGAUGCCGAAAUUUGCGCUAUCGCUGCCUUUUUGGCGGGAGGACACUGCGGAAAGCGAUAGACCGCCAUUUUUGAAACUGAGGGAGGCUGCGGUUGAACGAGGUACUAUUCACUUCUGCCAUAGUCACGCUCAACAUCUUCAUGACUAUGACCAUUUUUCCACUAUGUAAUAUACUCCAACAUUAUACAUCAAAUUCUUCACCUUAUGAAGCUGCUACCUCAGAAAAAGGAUCAUCAUCUUCCUGUAGGUACUAGUGGAACAUGAUCGGUAACUACUACAUUCAUUGCAGCCCACAAGGACCCCAAAUCAACUCCAGACCUCUCCACCUGCGUCACCGAGCUGGGUCUCAAACCGGAAUUGCAUCGGUACUGCGGAUACGAGAACAUGGCCCACAGCUUGGAGAGGAUCAUCGAGCGACGUUUUGCAUCUGAAGUCAAGGACAUUUUAGACCUGUUGGAAGCGAGGGAAAAAGCCUAUACGGACAAAAGGGCAGACUUUCAAAGGGAGCUGGCGUCGACAGGAGAUGUAUGAGAUGGAGGAUUUUUAUACUAGUCGAGUCCACGAAGUUGUAGAGUUGUACUAUCAUAGAAGAUGAUAGAUGAAUGCAGUUAGCGUUGAUGAAGGCAAACCUGGUAUUCAUCCUCAGACCCUUUAGAGUUCCCACUGGAGACCAUUGCAACUCCUAGACGCUCUAGAAUAGUGUCCACUGAGGACAUACUUCUCCUAGACCCUCUAUAAUUUCCAGCGGAUUUCCUGAAGACGAUUCGUGGAACAGGUGGAACGUACGCGAGAGCCUUGUGCGACAUAAUGCAUGGCAGUUUGCAUUCUCACGUAGGCCGCACAACUCUAGCGGAUGAGCUGAUGGACUUUGAACAUUAUUCGAAGAUAAAAGGUACUGACUCUGACGUCGAUGCUUAUCAUGAUAAAGUUUGAAGAAACACCUCUGUUCUUGUGACUCUUCGCGGACACGAAUAAUUUUUCUGGUUCUGCACGCUUCUAGCUGCUCUAGGUCGUUUGCAUUUCAGUUUUCCCACGAUCCCCACCAGGCCUAACCCCCGACCGCUACGACGUCGUGCCCUCUGAGGAUUUCCGCGACUUGAACGAGUACAUCGACUACCUAGGCGGCACCGGUCGUUGUCCUGGUUUUUCCUCAGAAAUCAAUGGCGGCGCACAGUUUCUCCGCCUUCUCUACGAGAUCGAAGUCUAUUUCCGCUUUUUGGACAUCCAGCACAAUGUCACUGAGCGCGAAAUCAUCCAGAGUAGAGGUGUAGGAACCACGGAAGUAGCUUGGAUUGAUAGUAUUGUCAAGCUAAUUCGCUUGCACGGACCCACGAAGACGAGACGAGCAGUGGACUACGUAUCUGAAAGGCUGAAAUGGUUUUUCACUACGCAAAAGGAAAGCAUCCUGCAAUUCAUGCUGGAGGUGCGAGGAACGUGCGACAGCCAUCUGUAUUCGCGGUUGCUGUAUGAGAAAAUAGGGCAGUGGUGAUUUAUUUUAGAAAAGGAGGGUGCUUUGAAGGACUGUGCUUUCUUGUUAAUACCAUCGUUCAUACUUUUCCUCAUCCUCUGUAACUGUAUGUGACGACGUUCCAAUUAGCGAUACCUCCCCAAAGUACCUGCAGCUAAAUAUCGCUAUUCGAGAACACACAUCAUAUCAUCUGUACCUUCAUAUCAUAGCAUCUACCUCCUGACUCCACCUCCACCUGCGGCCUCCCCUCUAACCCUCGCUCUCUUGAUGAAAGAAAACCAGACGAUCAAGAAGCUGAUCUUUGACCGCUUCGACUCCGUUGUUGAACGCCAUCAGCAAGUGUUUCACUCUCUGGUCAACCGCACCAUUGACUCCAUGCUGCAGAAGCCCUCAGCCUUGUUGAAGGGAAGCUCCAUGCCUAGUAUCUCCAGGAACGAAGAAUUGGACACGCUUUUGCUGCCGACCAAAAGCGACACAAUACAAAGAAUACAUCGGGAGUUUUCAGAUAGGGGGAAGCUAGAUAUGUAUCUGAAGCGGCUUAUUGCGAGUAUACCGGUACUACUGCUUAUUUUGGGUCUAGUACUUAAUAUUUCAUAUUCUGAUAUUCUUUUUUUAGAUUUAGUUGUCCUUCCUCACGUCCACAGGACAACAACUUGGCCGGUUCUGACGUCGUCGAAAAAGUAACCGGCAUCCUCGUUACGACGUUCGCUUUUGUCCGUUCUUUCAUAGCGGACGAACUCGAACUCUUCGCUGUGAGUUUCUACCAACUCCCGAUGCUCCGGCGCCUAGAGGCGGAUAUGCAUGAGAUUGUGCUGGAUGAGGACUCUAGAGCCGAGGCGGAAACACGUAAAGCGGCAUUGGAAGGGGAGAUCCGCGCAAUCGAUGCCAAGAUCGGAGUGGUGCAGCACUGCAUCAAAAACAUUAAAACUUUCAGGAGGUGUUGCAGUGUGGGGUAAUGCACGCGCAGAAUUCAUAUUCAAUAACAAGUACCCAACAUUUAUACAUUGUUCUUUGUGACAUCAAAUUGUGAAGGUCUUGUCGACCUGACAAAAAUUGCCUCUAAGUCGUCAUGAUACGAAAACCAAAAAAAAUUCAAUUUACUUCCAGCACAGCGUAAUGAAUCGCGAAAAGUCAAAAUAGAGAAAUAACGCGAAGCGAAUUCUAUCGCUGUGAACCCUGGCAAAUGUGACACUGUUAAUGAAUCAAGAAAGUUACAACGAUGGCACGAAAACAAC